AACAUGACGACUUACUGCAACUCUAGGCAUUCUACCGCCGCGCCUCGGCGAACACGGCCAUACUGAAGCACCGUGAGGCUCUCCGCGACUGGAGGCUCGUCGUCAAGAAGGCCCCCAACGAUGCCCAAGCGAAGCUACGCAUGGCAGAAUGCGAACGGGUGGUCAAGCGAGAUGCCUUCCUCAAGGCCAUCGAGGUCGAUGAUGCGCCAUCGGCAGCAGAAGGCCUAGAUAUCGAGCACAUGGCAGUAGACUCUUCGUAUGACGGUGCAAAGCUGGGCGACAAGAUGACAUUAGAGUUCGUCGAAGACAUGAUUGAGAGGUUCAAGACCGGCAAAAAGUUGGCCAAGAAGUACGUGUACCAGAUCAUCGUUGCCGUUAUGGAUAUUGUAAAGAAGGAACCGACCAUGGUCGAGCAUGAAGUUGAGGAGGGUCAUGAGAUUACAGUCUGCGGAGACACGCACGGUCAAUUCUUCGAUCUCAUGGAGAUCUUCCGCCUCGCUGGCAAGCCUUCCGAGACGAACUCGUUCCUUUUCAACGGCGACUUUGUCGAUCGAGGAUCCUGGUCCACUGAGAUUGCGCUUCUGCUGUACGCCUAUAAGUGGCUAUACCCUGACAAGUUCUUCCUGAACCGCGGAAACCACGAAACGGACGACAUGAACCGAAUGUACGGCUUCGAGGGCGAAUGUAGGGCAAAAUACACCGAGCGCGUGUUUAAGCUAUUCUCAGAGUCCUUCUCGAUGCUUCCUCUCGCGACGCUCAUCGGCAAGAAGUACUUUGUUCUCCAUGGCGGCCUGUUUUCAGAUGACAAGGUCACUCUGGAUGAUGUUAGGAAGCUUGAUCGUUUCAAGCAGCGGCAACCUGGCCAGGCUGGUCUUAUGAUGGAGAUGCUGUGGACUGACCCCCAGACUGCGCCUGGACGAGGACCCAGCAAACGCGGCGUCGGUCUCCAAUUUGGCCCUGAUAUCACGAAGCGAUUCUGCGAGAACAACGGCCUCGAAGCCAUCAUUCGAUCUCACGAAGUCCGCAUGGGCGGUUACGAAGUCGAGCACGAUGGACGCUGCAUCACCGUCUUCUCUGCACCGAACUAUUGCGACAGCACGCACAACAAGGGCGCCUUCAUCAAGAUUGGUCCAGAGUACAAGCUCAAGUUCACUCAGUUUGAAGCAGUACCGCAUCCAAAUAUCAAGCCCAUGGCAUACGCGUCAAAUGGUAUGAUAUAGAAGGCCCGGAUCGUACUGGGGUUCAGACAUUGUCUUGGUUAUGUAGCGAUGCAUUACUUCGGUGUUCUUUGGCGCAUCAGCAAUUCAAUCAAGAUGAGGUUAGGGGCUCAUUUGCAUUCAAGGAGUGAUUGGCGACAGGAACGGGGAGAGCGUCCGGGUGUAACAUAGGCAAAAAUGCGGAGGCAGGAAUGAUGGAAACCAUGUAUGAGCGUGUAUGCGCAUUUUAAAACCCCCUCUUGAACAUGGACACGUCCGCCAUGCUUGAAGCUCGACACGUUCUAGAUAUGAUGCAACGAAGCCUGCUAAAUGCGAUGCCCCUCACACGCGACCCCACGUGUUGCACCCGCAUCCCUGCACACCCCAAACAAAUCCGGCUGAAGGUAAACAAGGGUCGAUCC